ACGUUCCCACGCAGGGGCGGCCUUGGGAAAGGCUUGGGGCGGGCCCAGGGGAGGGCGUCUGAACUCGGGUCCCUCUGCAGCUCAUUCUCCAUUACUCGCUCAGCAGACCUGGGUCUCUCCUGCAGCAGAGCUGGGAGAUGUUCUUCAGAGCUGCCCGGAGGUUGGUGCUGAGGAAGCCAGGACUUGGAAUUCGAGGGAUACACAACCCAGGAGACACUGCCCACAGCAAGGGGAAGAUUGCCCCCUACACCAAUUACCAUGCCCAGCGCUCCUACCCCAUGCCAGACGAGCCCUUCUGCACAGAGCUCAACGCGGAGCAGCGGGCCCUGAAGGAGAAGGAGAAGGGCAGCUGGACCCAGCUGAGCCAUGCCGAGAAGGUGGCCUUGUACCGGCUCCGGUUCCAUGAGACCUUCGCGGAGAUGAAUCGUCGCUCCAAUGAGUGGAAGACAGUGAUGGGCUGUGUCUUCUUCUUCUGUGGAUUCACCGCUCUGCUUAUUUGGUGGCAGCGGGUCUAUGUGUUCCCUGAGAAGCCCAUCACCUUGACGGAUGAGUGGAAGGCCAAGCAGCUCCAGCGCAUCCUGGACAUGAAGGGCAACCCUGUGCAAGGCCUGGCCUCCCGGUGGGACUAUGAGAAGAAGGAGUGGAAGAAGUGACACUGCAUCCCAGUCCCAGGCUAACCCCCCCCCCCCCACCCCCUCCGCAGCUCUCCCCUGGCCCGGAGCCUAUGGAGCACUCCCUCCCCUCUCUUUCACCCCAAUAAAGCUGGCCUCUUCUCUUC